AUGCGGCCCGUACUAAUACUACCGAUAUGCUUCAUGGCGCUUGUUUCUUCCUUCCCACUUCAAUCGCCUGAGCAAGAAAGGGGAUUUUUCGACAUCUCGCAAUUCUGGCCUGAGGAUCUCGAUUUCAAAAAAUUAGACGCUCAAUCGGCCGAAUGUGCUGUGGCGUGCACCGAAUACUUUAUGCCCUUGUUGGGCUCGGUAUUUCGAACUGGAUCUAACGAGGAGCGCCUCAACGAAACUUGCGCCGAGUUCGAGAAGGCUGAGGAAUGUAUACAACAACAGAAGGACUGCCCAAAGAACGAACUGUAUCACACGAUGACCUCUGGGCUCCGAUAUAUGUGCCACGAACAACUGCCAGCUUUCCAAGCAAGCGUCCAGUGCAUGGAUAAUGUUGGCGAACAAGUGUACCUGGAAUGUGACAAUUCAUGUAAUCCACAGGCUUUGCUGAGUGGAUUGGCCGUCAAGGAAGUGCUUACGCAAGGACUCGGCCAAGGAUUUGAUGGAGGUUUCAUCAAAAAUUUUAUCGAUCCACAUAUGAUGACCAUGGUGGCUUCCGAGUCCUGCAGGAUCGGACAAUGCAUGCUGGAAUGUUAUCGCAACAAAUUCAAUAUGCUUUGUGAAGGGACCGCUGGAAGCUUAGUCUCGGAGGCAAUUGUUCGUCCGCUCGAUUCUUCCGGCUCGAAGGCCGGGCUCUUGGGAAGUGUCUUCGGCGUCUUUUUGCCGGCGCAAUGCCGAUUCAUGUACGACAAUUCACUUUUGAGGAAAUAUCGCAUCGACCCAGCUUUGGACAAGGAUUUGAAGCGGAUGUACAAUGCGGCGGGCACGGCAAAAGCGGCCGUGCCAGCUCCUGCCUUGACGGCAGACCAACAGGUUCUGGAGGCGUUGCGCCCACUCUAUGCUGGACAUAACGCUGGCGUUAGGCACGAUGACGGCCAAGCGGUCCCAUCCGAAGAAACAAGCGGUAGCGGGGCUUUCGACCCGCAGAUGCAGACGAUCCUGGACACACUCCCGGAAGGAAUCUCCGGGGAUGGCAGCGGCGAAAUGGCGGCAAAAAGGCGCAGAGAAACGUCAGCUUCACUGACCGACUUUUUCGAAAAUGAUCCUUUGAUCGGUAACGAGGAAUCAUUUCUGAUGGAGAAAAAAGACCGGAGCCGGAAUGAGCUUGGACGAACUUGGAACAACGUCGACGAUCCUGCUUCUCAUGAGAAUACCCCGCAAUAUUUUGCUGUUGAGCCGGGCAGCGAAGAAAAGGUGAAACGGUUGCGGCUAGAGCGAACUAUGGACAAUGCUGACUUAUAUCUUGCGCACUGGAUUAUUCCUGGUCAUCAAUAUCGGGUAGAUGUUGAAGUGGAGCCCGAGGAUCAGGGUGAAUUCGUAUGUCUAUUACGGACAUAUAAGGCUUUUGCCGUAAAUCGCCUCACCGAUGCUGAUAUCGAGGCGUUGUUGCAAGAGAUUGAUAUUCAGAAAAAGCGGCGAAGUCUCCCUACG